AAAGUGGGAAUUACAAUAAAACGUGUUUGUUGUUGUCAACAUAUUUGUGUAAUAUUUUGUGCAACUGUUACAAUUAAUAUUGAAAAGGCCUGAAAAAUGUUUGCUUUCUUUUAAUUUAAAAAAAAAAAUCUGAGAGAAGCUUUUUUUUAAAUCAAGGUAGACAAUUGUAAUGGGGUCUAAGAAAAGCGAUGUUGAUCUUUUGCUGAUUGGGAAAACUGGAAACGGAAAGAGCGCCACCGGAAAUGCCAUACUCAAAAGAAAAGUGUUCAGAAGCAACGCAAACGUCACAUCCGUAACGAAACAAAUUAAAACCAGCUACUCUCUUUACAAGGGCCGCAAUUUGAAAGUGGUCGACGGACCUGGGGCGUUGGACACUGAUUUGUCAGAGCAGGAAGCCCUGGAGAAGUUAAUUGAUUCUAUAAAGGUGGCCAUAGCCUCUAACCCUCAAGGGUAUCAUGCUUUUUUACUGGUCGUCCGCUUCGGUAAUCGCUUCACAACUGAAGAGCAGCGUACCGUCGAGGUUCUCAAACAUAUCUUCGGAGAUUAUUUCGUAAACAAGUUUUGCAUUCUGGUUGUAACCCAUGGAGAUAACCUUUGCCCUGAAGAAGUUGGAAGUUUCGAGGACUGGUGCUCCCAACAAGAAGGAGCCUUCAAGAGUUUGGUCCACGAAUGCCGGAACAGAGUUGUUCUCUUUGACAACAGAACAAAAGACCAAACAAAAAUGGACGCACAGAUUGACCACCUACUGACGUUAGUUGACUCUGUAAGUCCGCUUGGUCUUCGCUACACUGAUGAUAACUUCCGGCACGCACAGAGAGAAAGGGACAGAAUUGUUGUGGAGGCGAAACUUCCAAUUGUUCAAGAAGAAACCUUGCGAGAGUCCAGCCUCAUCCUCCAGCAGAUGAGAAACAUACAACCAGGCCAAGAAAACCAGCUCGAGAGUCUGAAUGCAUUAAAAGUUCGGGCUGAAAACCUCGAGAGAAGUGUACGCGACCAAGACAAGGGCACCGGAGCUUUGGCUCUGAUCAUUGCAAACGUUGUGGAUAUUAGAAAGGCUGUUGAGGGUCACAUAGAUAGAGCAAAGUCUGCUAUUGUCCUGAAAGAAGAGCAAGAAAAAAUCAAAGCGGAGUGGGACAGACGUGGAGAAGAACGAGAGAGGCAGUAUCGGGCAGACGAGGAGGAAGUGAGAAAGCAAAUGGAAAGAAGAAUUGCAGAACUAGAAAGGGAAAAAUUGGAAAAUGAGGCCAAGCUGGAAAGAAUGAGGAGAGAAGCUGAAGAGAAACUCGACGAUCUUGAAGAGAACAAUAUGGAAGUGACAAACAGUUCUAUUUGGUCUACAGUAUUUCAAGUUGGGGGAUUUAUAUUAGGCAAUAUCGUCUGGCCUAUAUUAAGAAAAGCUAUAUUCAAGAUUUAAAUAGUACAUUAUUAAAAGCAGAUUAUAACAAUUUAGAAUGUUUGUAAAAUAACCAUUUUGACCACAACAUUUUGUCGGAAAGAAACAAGGUCAACUUUUUAAUAUCUUAAAUUUUUUUUUUCAAAAUAUCAAUCAGAAUUGAAGUCAUUGGUUAACAGGCAUGACUAGAUGCAUGACUAGAUGCAUGACGCAUAGGACGUUAUCAUCUUUUUUAUUUUGAAGUAACGUCUGUAUUUUAUAAGAUAGGAAGAAGAUAUAGGACCUCAAAGCAGUGGACACCAGGUGGGAAGAGGCUUCAGACACUACCAGUGACAUAUCUUUAUGGAGACAGCUUGCGGCCCAAUGCGCCUACGCGACGAUUUAAGUCAGAUCUGUGUGAUAGAGAAGAAUAGUUAUGACUUUUUCUAUACAUUUUACUAUAGAAACAUUUCUUUGCUUUUCUUCUUUGUUUUUCUUCUUUGUUUUUCUUCUUUGUUUAUUUUUUUUUUUCAAAGUACAAGCAUGUCUCAGGUAGGAGAAAUGUCUUCAACAUUUCAUAUCCUUGUACUCCUGCCGCUGACGAAAGGCAGCAUGAUAUUUCAGCAGAUUCAAAUGUGGUACAGGAUGUGAACAUAUCCAUAGGUCUAACAGAUGUAUUUAUAAUGUACACAAAUGAAAACAAACCUGAAAGAGAGAAACAGAGAUUUAAUUUUUUUUAGCUUUUAUAUAGUGCAACUUUCAUACUUACAUUAUGCUCAGCUGUGGUCCAAUUUUUUUUUUGUGGACCAGUGGGGGAAGGGGUGAUAGCUUGAUAGCCUUUAGGCGCUAAGCAAACACAACACUGUUUGAGUCGGGAUUUGAACUAGAGCCCUCCUUGAAAGGUAUCCAAGUGAUAUUAGCUUCUAGGUGUAAAUACCACCGACUUGAUAUGCAUAUCUCAGUCUCUUAUAGUUAAGGCAUUCAAGUGUUUGUUAUUGUUAUAGUCUUAUAAUGGAUUGUUUUCUAAAAGAACAACAUCCACAAAUCCUUAUGUCUGGAUAAUGUAAAGCAAACCUUUGAUAUGUCUUUUAUAAACAUUUUUAUGGCAGCGUAUUUUAUGUCUAUAUAUGGUAAUAUUUUUAAAAUAAUUUUUGUCUCUGGACAUAUCAAAACUGGUGUCUGUAAACAUUUGUACUAUACAGUAUUUUUCAAUUGUGUUAUUUACAACUUUCUGUUUACCGUAUUGUUUGAAUGGAGCAUCAAAGAAAAUUCAAUUAACUACAGGGUAUUUGUAAGAAAUCAAGUUGGUGAUCUUGAUCACGAAUUUGUGUAACAGUUUAUUUUGUAAGGUUUUUGAAUCCACGAGUUAUAUCCCUUGGUAAACAUGUUCUUUGAUGGAACACGUCGACGUACAAGGGAAUGAGAACAUAUACUAUGGAACCUAUGGUCGGCACUUUUGUUUUUGGUGAGGCUAGUUUUAAGACGUCAUAUCAAUUGUAGAUCAAUCACUAAGUAUAGCAUUUAUUCCACAUACAGUUAAUGAAUACUAAAGACGAAUCGAUAAAUGAAUAGUAAAUAUCUUGUCCACCUUCUCUUCAUUACGAAUAUAAAGCGGUGUAUCUUUGACGUGGUACAAGGGAAAGAUGAAAAUAAAGAUACUAGACCAUAUUAA